AUGCCCCCUCGUCAGUCAGCCCGGCAGAAGGCUCCCCUCGCAGUCGCCAAAGUAGAGAAGCAAGAGGUGCUUGCAGAAAGGAAGAAGCCAGCGGCGAGGGUCGCAAGGAAACCUGCUGUCGUGGAAACUGAAGAAGUUGAUGUCAAGUUGACGACAACGACAAGUAGCACCACCACCACCACAACGACAACCAAAGCGUCUGUCAAGAGGAAGGCCACGGAAGCACCGGCAGCCCCCAAGGCGAAGGCGGAGCCUGUAGACUCGAAACCAGCGCCAAAGAAGCGCAAAACCAAGGGCAAGGAAGAAGAUACGAUGCCUCUCACUGAGCGGACGGCAAUCACCGCGCUGAAGAAGGCCAUGUACAUUGGCGCGCACGUGAGCAGUGCAGGAGGUGUACAAAACUCGGUCGGCAAUGCGGUGCAUAUCGGCGCCAACGCUUUCGCGCUCUUCCUCAAAUCGCAACGCAAGUGGGCAAACCCACCGAUCACACCGGAGUCACUAUCAGGAUUCAAGACACUGUCAAAGGAGCACGGCUUUGACGCACACAAGCACUGCCUCCCGCACGGCUCAUACCUGGUCAACCUCGCUGCCGCGGAGAAGGAAAAGGCCGACCAGGCCUACACGGGAUUCCUCGACGACCUGCAGCGCUGCGAGUCCCUGGGAAUCACGCUAUACAACUUCCACCCCGGCAACACCAACGGGGAGCCGCGGCCCGAGGCGAUCGGGCGUAUCGCGGCACAGCUCAACAAGGCGCACGCCGCGACGAGCACCGUGGUCACCGUCCUCGAGAACAUGGCCGGGCAGGGCAACGUGAUCGGCUCGUCGUGGGAGGACCUUCGAGACAUCAUCGCGCUCGUAGACGACAAGGCCCGCGUGGGCGUGUGCAUCGACACAUGCCACGCCUUUGCCGCGGGUCACGACCUGCGCAGCCCCGAUGCCUUCGAGGAGACCAUGUCCGCCUUCUCCCGCGUCGUGGGCGACGAGUACCUCCGCGCGUUCCACCUCAACGACAGCAAGGCCCCGCUGAGCUCGAACCGCGACCUGCACGCCAACAUUGGCACGGGGUUCCUGGGCCUGCGCGCGUUCCACAACGUCAUGAACUGCGACAAGUUUCAGGGCCUCCCGAUGGUCCUGGAGACGCCGAUCGACAGGAAAGGCCCCGACGGCAAGACCGUCGAGGACAAGCAGGUCUGGGCCGACGAGAUCAAGCUGCUCGAGAGCCUGAUUGGCAUGGACCCCGAGAGCGACGACUUCAAGACUCUCGAGGCUGAGCUCCACGCCAAGGGUGCUGGCGAGAGAGGCCGCAUACAGGAGCAGGUCGACCGCAAGUCUGCCAAGGGCGAGAAGAAGACUAGCGGUGCUGCAACGGGAAAGAAGGCGGCGGCGGCGGCGGCUGGCAGUGGCAAGGGAAAGCAGACAACGCUGAAUGUCAAGAGGGGCCGGAAGAAGAAGGAAGACACCUCGGACGAGGAAUCUGAGUAG